AAUUCAAAAUUUAAAUCGAUGGUUCGUCUUCUUGCUGAAAGCCAUUCGAAAUUGUGCCGAUCAAAUACGUUUAAACCAGUACAGGGUUUUAAAUUGUUAUACUCGUGUAAAUAAAAGAGAUCCGCUACAUGUAUUAAAUGACAAAUAAGAACAAAAAUCCUAAUAAAAUAUUAUUACUAAUCGUGCGUACCAAUUAUUUAACAAGUAGGUAUAUAAGCAUUGUUAUCACUUAUCAUAAUGUAUUUAAUUCAUGGAGCAUAUUAAUUACUAGCAGUUCUAUUUUUGUAAGUUAAGCAGUUAAACGCUUCGUAAAUUUUGCCUGUUUAAUGGAAAAAUACGCGCCAUCUUUGUUUAUAAACCAUGGCGGAGGGCCUUUGCCUGUAUUAGGUGAGAAACAUAACAUAGAAAUCGCAGAUUCAUUACGUAAUAUAUCUUCAUUUGUGGAUUUUAAACGUAUAAAGGCAAUAAUAUUAGUAACAGCUCACCGUGAAGAGGACAUUGUUACGAUAUCUUCCGGGAAGAACAACGAUUUAAUUUACGAUUAUUCCAAUUUCCCGCCAGAGAGCUAUGAGUUCAAAUACCCAGCGGUCGGUGACCCCAUUUUGGCGGGAAGACUGCACAGAGCAUUCGAAAACGCGAAUAUACCAUCGAGCUUAGAUGAGAAAAGAGGCUGGGACCAUGGAGUGUUUAUACCAAUGAUGCUAAUUAACCCAAAAGCCGAUAUACCCAUUGUUCAAGUGUCAAUUUUAAAAAAUCAAAAUGCCCGUGAUCAUUACAACGUUGGAAAAGUGUUAUACGAAUUUAGGAAGGAAGGUAUUGCUAUUAUUGGCUCGGGCAUGUCAUACCACAAUAUGAAAGAAUUUAAAAAGGCAGUACAGCUGUACAACGAUGAAGUUGUUGUUAAUGAGGAGUUUGACAAAUUCCUUAAUGCUGUAUGCUUGGGUGUGUUGAACCCGGAAGCUAUUUUUGAUUGGGAUAAGACACCACAAGGGUACGAAUGUCAUCCUUUGGGAGAAGCAGAACAUUUGAUGCCUUUGAUCGUAAGUUUGGGUGCGGCUGGAAAUAAUACUGGGAAAACUAUAUUUUCGUCAGUGUUUAUUAAGAAAUUUAAGCUCUGUGCGUUUAUUUGGAACUAAUAUUAAAAAAAAUAAACAUUACA